AGCCCGGAAGGUGCAUCGCUGCCGCGUAUGUUGUGGUUGUGUGCGGAGCUGAGGUGAAGAGCGCGAUGGAGAGCGAGAGGACGGAGGGCUAAGCAAACGGUUGCUGAGGACAGCAGGUUCGAACGUGCGCUCGAAGGAGGUAAAGGGUUCUCAUCCUCCUUGAUCUAGUUUGAGGCUCGUUGGUUUCCGGAUAUCCUGUUCGACAGUGGAAGUUCUUUCCUUGCAUGCUGGAUUAGGUGAAAGAAAUUCGGGUCAACCAAACCAAUGUUGAAGAAAUCACAUAAGUCAAUGACGAACCUUGGAGUGUGUCGACUGAUAUUUUAUGCGUCGCUUUCUGCCAUCUUUGUGAAUGAUGCUUUCAGCAUACACUUGAGAUCGUUUCAUGUAACGAGGGCGUUGACAUUACGCGGGGCCGGAAGUGACGUCUACAAGAGUGAAAAGUGGAUGUUGCACGAAUGGAAGGAGGGAGAAUACGAACGUAGCGACGAAGAGAACUUUGUGGAACCAGCAAAGGAGAAGCAAGACACUUUCAGCUGGGACUCCAGUGAUUCUGAUGAGUUCAUCAAUACGACUAAGUCCAAGGCUGAAGAAGAAGAAAAGAAAGAGCUUCAAGAGGCCCUCCAGAGCCUGGCAUUAAACAGGAGCAUGACCGGCGAAAGUACCAAUUAUUCACAGACCAUGACCAACUUCGGGAUCAGCAAGGAGUACCUGGAGAGCGUAGUGGUGAGGGGCCCGAGCAAGCAAGCGACUCAUAGUGCUUUGUUGGACCGUUUGCUGCAAGAAACCGAGAAACCUCAAUGGGCGAUUCAUGAGGAGGAGAGGAGAAAGAACGGAACCUACCGGGCAAUGGCCCCCAUCCCAGGAACGGCCGUACCCUAUGUGCAACCCACGGGCCUGUGGAGGCCAGGAAUGGACCCUGACGACCCCCAGUUUGCCUCCGCUGGACCGGCUGUCUGUGGGUACUCGGAAGCAGCUACUUCAGGGUUUGCCCCUCACAACUACAAGUCGUGGGUUCCCGAUGCAUCCCAUAACUACCCGAAGGUUUGGAAGGAUGAUGGCGAACUGAAGCCCUUUGCUGAGAGGAUGAUUUCUAAUGCGUCAGACCCAGAGCAAGCAUGCCUCUAUGAUAGAUGCGGCGGUGUCAACUACUGGGAGUAAAGAAAGAACUGUACCAG